UCGAAACGUCGAAACGCGAAACGUUUCGGGUCCUCAAAACCAAAAUCGAAACGCGAUAAAUUGACGAGAAAUUGAAAUUGACGAUAUACGAUAUAUAGUAAAAUAGCGUGAUAUUUUCACGAUAUAUUGACUUUUUGAAGAUAUAUUGACUCUGACUUUAACUGCCCUCUUGUUGUAGCAACGAACAGGGAGGAAAUGACCGGGAAAAAAACAGAGAAAUAAGCAGAGUUCGUCGCCGGUGACGGUGAGCAACCAAAGGCAGAUAAAGAGGAAUUGAGAAGGGAGAGAGGUUGGAGAGAGAAAGAGAAACAAUUUCCGGCAUGGCAUCUGGUGUUAAAACAACGAACACUGGAGCCAUUUCUGCUCCGGCAUAGAGAUAAUGAGUAAUGACUAGUGAGGACUUAUACGAGGCAAUCAUAUAAAAGACGGAGGGUUUAAGGGACUUUCUCAAGGGUUUUGACGAACUCAAGUUAAAGAAGCAAGAGGCGACAACAACGAGAGCAAAAGCGCAGCAGGUCCAUAACCAAACGUGGCGACAAAUUGAAAGCACAUGGGUUAUCAGGCUUUGACAAUCCACAAUUGGUCCUCGCUGGUACAAGCUCAACGAUUUGGUGAUUCUGAAUUGGGACUUAGCAAGUUCGCUGCUUCUACUUCUCCUUUUUGUUUCACUGCCCAAUUCUUGAAGGUCCGUCUUCGCUGUGUUGAUAGAGUAAGAGCUUCUAAACCAGUUGAAAGCCUUAAUUCAGGUGGUGGAAAGAAAAGGAAAGGUGCAGAAUGCAGCCAUAGUGAUGACGAUGAUGAUGAAGAUGAUGAUGAUUCGACCAGAAGAGCUAAGGCGAACGACCCUUAUGCUAUGAAUCCUGAAGAGAGACGUGAAUGGAGGAAGAAAAUUAGGGAAGUUCUAGCCAAGCAUCCUGAUAAAGAGCUACAGUUUGAUGCUGAAGAGAAGAAGGCGAAGAUGGAGAAGCUUUUGGCUGAUUAUCCCCUCGUUGUGGACGAAGAGGAUCCUGAUUGGCCUGAAGAUGCUGAUGGAUGGGGGUUUAGUUUGGGUCAGUUCUUCAACAAGAUCUCAAUCAAGAAUGUCAAGAAGGAUAAUGAUGAUGAUGAGAAGUAUGAUAGUGAUAACGAGAUAGUGUGGCAAGAUGAUGAUUAUAUUCGUCCAAUCAAGGACAUUACCACUGCAGAAUGGGAGGAGACUCUAUUCAAAGAUAUCAGCCCCUUGAUUGUGCUAGUUCAUAAUCGGUAUAAAAGGCCAAAGGAGAACGAGAGAAUUCGAGUUGAGUUGGAGAAAGCUGUGCAUAUCAUAUGGAACUGUGGGUUGCCCUCCCCAAGAUGUGUUGCAGUUGAUGCUGUUGUUGAGACUGAUUUAGUUUCUGCUCUUAAAGUUUCUGAAUUCCCAGAAAUUAUGUUUACGAAGGCAGGCAAGGUCUUAUACCGUGAGAAAGCGAUACGAACAGCUGAUGAGUUCUCGAAGAUAAUGGCCUAUUUCUAUUAUGGAGCAGCCAAGCCACCUUGCUUAGAUAAGAUUGGUGAUUGCCAGGAAAUGAUCACAACUGUAAAAGUCAAUGACAAUCAGUGAUGCAAUAUCUGUUGUUGCUACAUAUUGCUAAGGAAAUCAAUUAUUGAAGACACCACAACUACAGAAAGCUUUAUGGUAAUGGAAUCUGAAGGCAAAGAGCUGCUUCGUGUUCGAGCCAUCAAACUUGCAGUUAGCUACACCUACAAUCCUUUCUCUCCAUGUCCUCCCAGAACUGUGAACCAAUGUGAUUCGGCUGAUCGAAGAUGAAAGAAAGUUGGCAACUUCGUUGCCAUUUAGCUUUGGAUUCCCUUGUGAAAAGUUUGAUAGAUGGUGAAGUACUUGAUGAUGGUGAUGCAGUUGCGGUACUUGAUGUUGCAGUUGUUGCUGCUGUUGUUGCGGCAAUCUCGGGUCGACUCUCUGUUGUUUCGGCAGGUUUAGUUUCUCGCCCUCGAUCUCUCUGUACUUGUUGAGGUACGAUUUGAGGGGCGCCACGUAAUCUUCGAACCCUAGCGUCGUGAUGGCCCAUAUGAUGUCGUCGCCGUUGAUCGUUUUCCUCUUCUCCCUCUGACACUUAUCGGAGGCUUCUCCGGUCACAAAGCUGAUGAACUCCGACACGCAUUCUUGGACGGUCUCCUUGGCGUCUUUGGAGAUCUUCCCGUUCCCCGGUAUCACCUUCUUCAUGAUCCUGCCCACGUUGGCAAUGGGUAGGAAGCGAUCUUGCUCCUUGUUGUUGCUGCUGCUGCUUAUAUGAUGAUGAGGAGUCGGUGUUGUCGUUGUAGUAGGAAUAUUAAUGGUGACGGGUGUAGUACUUGAACAACCGCCGCUAUUGAUGUUGUGUUCGAUUUUGAUACGCUUUAGCGACGUACUACUGUUGUCGUUAAUAUCACCACCUUCUGAACUCUCUCUAGUCGUCGUCGGAUAGUUACUUCUGCCAUUUCCAUGGCUCUCAUCUUCCAUAUCUCUCUUCCUUUGUUACAAAAAGCUUUUCGUUUCAAAAGGUUGAGAGAUGGGUGUUUCUUUUUUGGGUGUUUUUUUACUGUUUUACUUUUUUUGUUUUGUUUUGUUUUGUUUAGUUUGAUUAGGAGGAAAGUUUAUG